AUUCUCGGAUCAUUUGUACAUGUGGUUUGAACCUCAUCACUAUAGUGACUACAAUUACACCGACGAAGUAAGUGUGUCAUUUGCAUUUUCAUUCAUUGAAUUCAAUAACAAUGCAGAGCGUGAAAUUGCGUUUCCAAAGUCUCAAGUGAAAAAGUGCGGGAUCCACGUUCUAGAGAGCAAAGAUUUAAAGAAAUACAAUUUAACUCCUUCUGAGGCAAAAGAGAAGGCAAGAAACAAAUCAGCUGCAACCAUCGAUGAGCCUAAAUCAACAGGCCCGACGGAGACGGAUGAAUUUACAACCCUCGAUGAGCCUGGAUCAUCAAGCCCGACCGAGACUGAGCAAUUUACAAUCCUCAACGAGCCUAAAUCAUCAAGCCCGACCGAGACAGAUUAAUUUACAACCCUUGACAAGCCUGAAUCAUCAAGUCCGGCCGAGACAGAUGAAUUUACUGUUAGGCCACCUAUCACGUUGGUCUAUUCUAGGAAAAAGGGCCGAAGGGGAAAUAUGCAGGAACCGGGGAAGGAAAGUGGAAAUAUGGGAAAGGGGUGCUGAGGUGUCAAGUUGGUUACGAGUUUGUUAGCAAGGGAGUCUUUAGCCGGUGGAGUGGCCUAGGAAUUGGUGUCUAUUGAUUGGAAGUUUUCUGGAGCAGACCGUG